CAGCGCUGUAACAGACUGGCUGCUAGAUUGAUACAUGCUCAGCUCUCGAGAAUCUGUAAAUAAUAACACGGAAGUACAUCGUCCUUGUGGGUGAGAGGAGACACGCUAUCGCAGUUUCAGAGCGCAGCUCGUUCACAUGCUGUGCUCAGUUUAAUCAACAACUAUUCGUGUUCAAGACGAUCGCUGAUAGUUCUGUAAAGAUAACAGCAGACUGCGAGGUUUCCAGUAUAGACAGUCUUCCCCAGAGCAUAAGAAAAGCCGCUGUGUUUGUAUUAAUGGAAGAGGCGAGAGUGAGACCCGUCUCUGAAAUGAAAGAAGAGAUGGAUAUCUGCGCAUCCUCCGCGUCUCUCCUUGAGGAAGAACUCGCCUCUGCUAUCGAGCCUGCAGUGAAAGCGGCUGUGCUGAGCGUCAUGUCUGCGUUAGCAAAGUUCGUGGACAGUAAAUGUGCAGUUUUCAAUCUCAGACUGGACCAAAGAGACCAAGAAUUUGAAAGCGUGAGAUUGCGAUUGGAAAUAGCGGAGAGCGAGUUGAAAGCAAUGCGAGACGGAGAAUACACGAACACUGGCGAUAAGAACUUCACCCAAUCUCUCACAAACACUGAAACACAAUACCACGGGAGCGACAGUAUUAUUGCUCAGGGGCUGCCGGCGCGGGAUUUCUCUAAUCUUCCAGUUAAGACAGUCAGGGAUCCGGUGCCUGCAGUCCACACCGCACUGAAAAACUCCCGGGUUUUAAUGCAGGAGGAUGGAAGCUAUUCCGAGCAGGACCUGCUGAUGCGAGGUGAUGACUCUGAACAGAGAGACCACACAAGCACAGCGGGGUGGAGAAGAGCACUGAAAGGUCCUGCAGAGAGAAAUGCUCUCCCUCAUGCUGAGGAAGGGUCGAAGGCAGAAUCAGUUCCCAUUCAAGAGGAGCUCUUUGACCAGGAAUGGUGCAGGAGUCCAGAGCAGGCUACAGAGCUGACAUCUAUUGAAGGGGAGGAGGAGAAACCUGCACUAGAUCCUGUCCACAUUAAUGAAGAGAUCCCUGGAAUUGAACCGGUCAUCAUUAAAGAGGAGGUUCUUGAACGUGAGUGUGACCCCAUUGAAGAGGGGGGUACUGACCACUUUGAAAGCCAGCAGCAAAUUCACAUGGCAGAGAAACUGCAUCUCUGUACUGUGUGUGGGAAGAGUCUCAGUACAUCAACAGAGCUGAAAAGACACCACCGAAUUCACACAGGAGAAAGACCGUACUGUUGCACUGAAUGUGGAAGAAGUUUCAAUACCUCUACAGAUCUGAAAAGACACCAUCGCAUUCACACAGGAGAGAAGCCGUAUUCCUGUGCUCAGUGUGGGAUGGGUUUCAAACAGCUACACCAUCUUAAAACACACCAGCAAACUCACUAUCGGAAGAAACUGUUUCACUGUAGUGGAUGUGAGAAGAGUUUCACUCAGUUAGAAACCCUGACAUUACAUCAGCAAACUCACACAGGAGGGAAACCUUAUAGCUGCACUGAGUGUGAGAAGAGUUUCAAACAAGCAUCACAGCUUAAAGCCCACCAGCUAAUUCACCUGGGACAUAAACAGUAUCCUUGUGCUGACUGUGGGGAGAGUUUCAUUUUGUCUACAGACCUGGAAAGACACCAGCAAACUCACACAGGAGGGAAACCGUAUCGCUGCACUGAGUGUGAGAAGAGUUUCAAACAAGCAUCACAGCUUAAAGCCCACCAGCGAAUUCACACGGGCGAGAAACCAUAUCAUUGUGCUUACUGUGGGAAAAGUUUCAUUCUGUCUGGAGACCUGAAAAGACACCAGCAAACUCACACAGGAGAGAAACCAUAUAGCUGUGAUCACUGUGGGAAGAGAUUCACCCGCUCAGGAGCACUGACAGUACAUAAGCGAAUUCACACCGGAGAGAAGCCGUAUAGCUGUGAUCACUGUGGGAAGAGAUUCAAUCGAACAGAACAUCUGGUGUCACACCUUCGAGUUCACACAGGGGAGCAGUCGACUCACUGCACUCAAUAAGAGAGAUUUUAUUUUCCACUCCCAGUUGUAAAAGCUCACAGUAUCCAGACACUUCACUAGGAACAGUAGCACUGUGCCUCCAUCACAAGAUGACUCAGUCUAGUGGAAGCGGAGAGUAUAUAAGACCCUGAGAUGCAACUGGACUUUUAGAUCCCUUUGUCAAAAUGAUCUUGUCUUCUGAUCCCUGAUUGUCUGAGUUAUUAAAAUGUAAAUCCUG